UUCACCUAGACCCGAGCCUAGUUGGUCGGGGUCCGGGUCUACCGUAUCAGGUUGGGUCGGGACCCAACCCAAUAUAUACAAGUAUAAGAUAACAUAAAACCCACGAGUCGAACCAACCCUGUGGACCUGAUCAGUCGAGUAAGUUCUUGGUCUAACUUAGACCCAGGUCGGGAUUGACCCAUACCCAACCCAACCCAUUUCCGGCUCUAAUCUCAAGCACAUUCUAUUGCGAUUUUUUAAUAAAUGGAUCUAGAAAUAGAGGGGCGAAAACGUGCAGGGAAAAAGGGAUGCCAUGGAAGCCAAAAGUGACGCAAGUGAGUGAAUUCCCAUAGUCUUUUUGCACUCAAAAUCCUCUCAUUCUAACUGUUCAUUUGCAUGGCAAAAGCCAACUUGCUUUCUCAUACAACCCAACGUCUAUCCAUAACCAUCUCCACCCUCCAAACCCACCUCCACUCCAGUCUCACUCUUCAUCAACUCCACCAAAUCCACUCUCAAAUGCUCACUUCCUCUCUCAUCAAUGACACAUUUGCUUCCUCUCUCCUCCUUCGCCAUUGUUGUAACUCACACCCAACACCCACUCUUACCUACACUAGAGCCCUCUUUGAUCACAUAAAACACCCCAAUUCUUAUAUUUAUAACACCAUGAUGAAAAUUUACAACCAAGCUCACCACCCCAAAGAAGCUCUCUCUCUCUACACCCUCAUGUUGCAAAAAUCUGUCGAAAUCGAUAAUUACACUUUGCCCAUUGUCAUUCAGGCUUGUUCCAUCAGGAUCUCACCUAAAGAAGGCCAAGAGGUCCACACCCAUGUUGUAAAAACUGGGUUUUCUUUGGAUUUGUAUGUACAGAAUAAUUUGGUCAGUAUGUACUCGGUGUUGGGCUCAUUAGGAGAUGCGCGACAAGCGUUUGAUGAAAUUUUUCACAGGGAUUUGGUCUCGUGGAAUUCGAUGUUGGGUGGGUACACGGCGUGGGGGUCCUUGAGGGAGGCAGUUUCUUUUUUCCAUCGAAUGCCUCAAAGGAGUGUGAUUUCUUGGAAUUCAAUGAUUUCUCUAUCUAGUAGGUGUGGUAGGGUCUCAGAGGCUCGUCGAUUCUUUGAUAGGAUGUAUGAGAGGGAUUUAGUUUCUUGGGGUGCCAUGAUAUCUUGCUACGAACAAAAUGAGAAGUUUAUUGAGGCUCUAAAGCUUUUUCGUGAUAUGGGUGGUGAAGGAAUUGGUAUCGAUGAGAUUGUUCUAGUUAGUGUACUAUCUGCUUGUGCAAGCUUAGAGGACCUUAGGGAAGGCGAAUCAAUUCAUGGGCAAGUGAUUAAGGUUGGUUUUGAAUGUUAUGUUAGCCUCGGGAACACUUUGAUUCAUUUCUAUGCAAAAUGUGGGUGUAUCGAGGCAUCACGUGUGGUCUUUGAUGGUGGCACCCACUUAGACUCUGUAUCUUGGAAUGCAUUGAUUUCAGGGUAUGUUAAGUGUGGCGCCUUAGAUGAGGCUAAAAGGUUAUUUGAUGCCAUGGUGGAGAGAGAUGAGGUCUCUUGGGGCACCAUGAUCUCGGGUUAUGUCCAACAAGGCCAGUAUCAAGAGGCACUAGCGCUCUUUAGAGAGUUGCAACUCGAGGGAAACGUUGCUCUCGAUGAGGCCACUCUAGUGAGUGUGGCCUCAACUUGUGCUCAUAUGUGUGCUAUAGACCAAGGAAAAUGGGUGCAUGCUUAUGCAAGAAAGAAUAAGAUGUCUAUAAUAGGGAUGUUAGGGACUUCCAUUAUAGACAUGUAUGCAAAGUGUGGCUGUAUUGAGAGUGCUCUAGAGGUCUUCGAUACGGUUAAAGAAAGAAGUGUCUCGACUUGGAACGCAAUUAUAGUCGGGUUAGCCGUAAAUGGGUGGAUUGACAAGUGUUUCAAAUUCUUCUCACUCAUGAAAGAGUCUGGCGUGGCCCCAAACGAGAUAACAUUUGUUGGUGUCUUGAGUGCUUGUAGGCACGCAGGCCUAGUAGAAGAGGGACGACACCAUUUUGAGUCUAUGAAACUUGUGUACAAUAUAGAGCCUAAUGUCAAGCACUAUGGUUGUAUGGUUGAUCUUCUUGGGCGAGUGGGUUUUCUGGAAGAGGCAUGGAAGGUCAUCUCUAUUAUGCCUGUAAAGCCUGAUGUGGCCACAUGGGGUGCUCUUCUUGGUGCUUGCAAGUCUUAUGGAGAGGUUGUGAUGGGAGAGAAGGCUUGGAGGGAGAUCAUACAGUUAGAGCCUCAUCACAUAGGGAGCCAUGUACUAAUGUCUAAUUUGUAUGCUAACUUAGGUAGAUGGAAGGAUGUUAUAGGGGUGAGAGAAAAGAUGAAGCAAUUGGGAGUGGAAAGGGUGCCUGGAUGUAGUUCAAUUGAAGCAAAUGGUGUUGUUCAUGAGUUUGUAGCAGGGGAUAUGGAGCACCCUCAAGCUAGAGAGAUAAACUCUAUGUUGGAUGAGAUAGAGAGAAGAUUGAGAUUGCAGGGCUAUAAACCAGACACCUCUCAAGUUUCAUUGGACAUUGAUGAGGAGGAAAAGGAAGCCGCUCUUUAUAAACACAGUGAGAAGAUUGCAAUGGCCUUUGGGCUUUUAAGCACAAACCAUCCAACCCCAAUUCGAAUAGUGAAGAACUUACGAAUAUGUGGCGAUUGCCACAGUGCUGCAAAACUCAUGUCGAGAGCUUUUGACCGCGAAAUAGUGGUCAGGGACCGGCAUCGAUUCCACCACUUCAAGCAGGGCUCGUGUUCAUGUAAAGAUUAUUGGUAAAAUGGAGAAUUGUCUCAAGAUGUAUUUAAAUUGUGGUUGAAACCAUUUUGAACUUCAAACAAGGUUUUUGCUCAAGAGCAAAAUAUUGGUAAAAUUGAAAUGGUUACAAGACACAUCCAAAUGGGUUUUCCCCAUGUUAAAUCAAGUGUAAGCCAUUUAAAUGGUGGAGUACCAUUUAAAAUUUUCAAUGGUCUUGAGUGGGCUUCUUCUGAUCCCUCUCAAAUAGGAGCUUAAACCCUUGAGGUGGGUUUGAAUGGGCUUAAAUAACAUCUGACCCAUCUCAUACCAGAGUUUCAAACUAUUUAGAUGGAUAUGAAUGGGCUUAAAUAUGAUCUGAAGCAUCUCAAAACAUAGCCUAAAUGCGUUCUGAUUGGGCUUAGGUUGGUACUAAUAUUUGAGAGGAGCUCUGUGUUCAUGUUCAUUGCUCCCCUAGGUGGAAAAUGUACUUGGACGGAUUCCUUUGAUUUGAAAACUUGGGAGAUGUCGUUA